AUGUCCGAUGCUCCACUCGGAAUUCUUCUCUCUGGUGGACUCGAUUCGAGUCUUGUCAGUUCAAUAGCAGCUCGUGAAAUGACAAGACGCGGAUUGAUAGUUCAUUCGUUUUCCAUCGGAGUCGAUCACAUGUCUCCUGAUAUCAUCGCUGCCAGAAAAGUAGCCAAGCACAUUGGAACCCAUCAUCAUGAAUUCCACUUCAGUGUACAGGAUGGUCUGAAGAACCUGCGUAAUUUGAUAUGGCAUCUUGAAACCUACGAUGUCACAUCGAUCAGAGCAUCAACUCCCAUGUUCUUCCUCUCUGAAAAGAUCAGGCAAAUGGGCAUAAAGGUCGUGCUGUCCGGCGAGGGAGCUGAUGAGAUUUUCGGCGGAUAUUUGUACUUCCACAAUGCUCCCAAUGAUGAUGAAUUCCAAAAAGAAACGAUAGACCGUGUUCUUCAUCUGUACACUGCUGAUUGUCUUCGAGCUGAUAAGUCGACAAUGGCUCAUUCUGUAGAAGUUCGCGUUCCAUUCCUCGAUAAGGCAUUCCUUGAUGCUACCAUGUUAACGGCAGCGAAAUACAAACGCCCACAGCCACUCAAUGGACGUGACGUGGAGAAAUACAUACUGAGAAAAGCCUUCGACGCAGAUACUUACCUUCCUCAUGAAAUUUUGUGGAGGCAAAAGGAGCAGUUCUCCGAUGGUGUAGGUUACGCUUGGAUCGACCAGUUGAUGGCGUUUUGCGCUGAGCAGGUUACGGAUGAAGAGUUUUCCAAAGCAGACGAGCUUUUCCCUCACAACACCCCUCAUAGUAAGGAGGCGUUCUACAUGAGGAAACUGUUCCACGAGAUGUUCCCAAGCGACAAUGCAGCGAAGACAGUCAGAAAAUGGAUUCCAAAAUGGCAAGCCAACCAAGAUCCCUCGGGUCGUGCUUCACUUGUACACCAUCAAUCCGUCCACAAACGUGACAGCAGAAAGCAAGAAGUGACGCGACAUAUUGAGUCUAGGCCACAUCACGCGUAA